UGUUUCUAGUCCACAUGGCGGCGCCCCUCAAGAGGCUUCUGCUGGCCGAGCCGCACGUGGUGGCCCUCGGGCACCGCGUGGGGCGGCGCGAGGCCAGUCAGGGCCCAGAUCCCGGGGCCUCGGUGCGAGUGCGCUUCGCUCCCAGCCCCACAGGCUUCCUGCACCUGGGUGGCCUCCGUACUGCCCUCUACAACUACAUCUUUGCCAAGAAGCACCAAGGGAGCUUCAUUCUGAGGCUGGAGGACACCGAUCAGAGCCGCCUGGUGCCAGGGGCAGCAGAAAGCAUUGAGGACAUGCUGGAGUGGGCAGGCAUCCCACCUGAUGAGAGUCCCCGCCGGGGUGGUCCUGCAGGGCCCUACUGUCAGUCACAGCGGUUGGCUCUGUAUGCCCAAGCCACGGAAGCCUUGCUGAGAUCUGGAGCUGCCUAUCCCUGUUUCUGUUCACCACAGCGGCUGGAGCUUCUGAAGAAGGAAGCACUGAGGAGCCGACAGACACCCCGGUAUGACAAUCGGUGCCGGAACCUGAGCCAGGCACAGGUGGCCCAGAAGCUGGCCGUAGACCCCAAGCCUGCUAUCCGCUUCCGCCUAGAGGAGGCAGUACCAGCCUUCCAGGACCUGGUAUAUGGCUGGACUCAGCAUGAAGUGGCCAGUGUGGAGGGAGACCCAGUUAUCUUGAAAAGUGAUGGCUUUCCCACCUACCACCUAGCCUGUGUGGUAGAUGACCACCACAUGAGCAUCAGCCAUGUGCUGCGGGGCUCAGAGUGGCUAGUCUCCACCUCCAAGCACUUGCUCCUCUACCAGGCCCUGGGCUGGCAGCCACCUCGAUUUGCUCAUCUGCCCCUGCUCCUCAACAGGGAUGGUAGCAAGCUGUCUAAGAGGCAAGGGGACAUUUUCCUGGAACAUUUUGCUGCCAGCGGUUUUCUGCCAGAAGCCUUGCUUGACAUCAUCACCAACUGUGGCUCGGGGUUUGCAGAGAACCAAAUGGGCAGGACCCUGCCGGAGCUGAUUACACAGUUUGACCUGACUCGGAUCACCUGCCACUCAGCCCUGCUGGACCUCGAGAAGCUCCCAGAAUUUAACAGGCUGCACCUCCGCCGGCUGGUGAGCAGUGAGACCCGGAGGCCCCAGUUGGUGGAGAAGUUGCAGGACCUGGUGAAGGAGGCAUUCGGGAUUGAACUGCAAGACAAGGAUGUUCUGGACCCUGCAUAUAUGGAGAGGAUCCUCCUGCUGAGACAGGGUCACAUCAGCCGCCUGCAGGAUCUGGUCUCCCCAGUGUACUCCUACUUAUGGACCCGCCCUGCUGUCCAUCGAUCGGAACUGGGUGCCAGCUCAGAAAACGUGGAUGUGAUUGCCAAGCGCUUGCUGGGGCUUUUAGAAAGACCUGGCUUAAGCCUAACUCAGGAUGUGCUGAACAGAGAACUGAAGAAGCUGUCAGAAGGUCUGGAAGGCACCAAGCAUAGCAGUGUGAUGAAGCUCCUCCGGAUGGCCCUCAGUGGACAGCUGCAAGGACCCCCUGUGGCUGAGAUGAUGGUGUCCUUGGGCCCAAAGGAAGUACGGGAACGAAUCCAGAAGGUGCUUUCUAGCUAGGGAGAAGAUGCAUAGGACCAUCGAGAUGACCUUGAGAGCCUCUAACCAUGGAAACUGAAUUCUGAGGAGAGCAGAAAGCCUGGGGCCUAUUAGGACCCUUUCAGGAUGAACAGCUGUAGAAACAAGCUCUCUGACUACUCUCAUCAGCUGGCCUUCGGGGACCCCAGCUGUUUCACCUGUUGACUCUGGGAAGAAUGAGCUUGAACUUGUGUCUUCUUUCCUAUUUUUUUAAAGACUUUUUAAAAAUGUG